AGCCAAUCAGCAGCGCCCGCAGGCCUCUGGGCAAAGUUCUUUUCCUGUCAAUCAAUCUGGUCCUACUAAGCCCGUCGAAAAUUGAGCGGGUCGAGUGGGCUCCGUAGACGGAUGUUGGGGUCAAUUGAAUGCGUAAAGCAUUGGAACAAAAACGGUGUGUGUUUGCCUGCAUGUGUGGCUCGGCGCAUUUUUCUAGCGGGCUCGCUACGGGCAAGCCAGCAAAGCCUCGGAUAAGCCGUACUCGGGAUUUUUUUCCCACUACUACUCGCAACAGCCCUUUGACCUCUUCCGAACAUCAAACCAUCCAACCUCGAUUCUCGUACGACUCAAUUUGUCCCCUUGGGCCGCUGACCAUAUCCGUGCGCCAGUCCCAAUCUCCCGGGUCUUUGCGUCUUCCUUUACUUAGUCUCUUCUGCCCCGGAUUCUUCUGUCCUCUUUCCCUCUAGCUGCCUUGGCGGACAGUUCCCAUCUUACAUCUUACAUCCUACAGAGGCGCAGUGCUCUCUCUGCUGACUCUUACGACCGUUUC